CAUGUUCGGCGAGCUACACACGCCACCCGAGGCGAACAAGCCUCGGUAUCUUGAGCCGCUGCCAGCUCCGGCCAAAAACGAUAUCACUGUCGAUAGGCUUUCCCUCUCCAAAUCCCUUACCCUCAUCCCCAGUUGAUCGCUACCGCCAGGAUGGCCAUCGUGUGGACGACAAUUGUCCUCCUACUCUUCAGCAUCGUCGCCGCGUACCUUCUCAACCAAUUCAUACGACCAAAGAAUCAUGACCUACCACUCCCUCCAGGACCGAAAGGCCUCCCAAUUCUUGGAAAUGUGAACGACCUGCCGAAGCCUGGCAUGCUGGAAUGUCACCACUGGCUCAAGCACAAGGACCUUUAUGGCCCGAUCAGCUCUGUUACGGUGUUGGGGCAGACAUUUGUGAUCAUCAAUGACGCGCAGAUUGCGCUUGAGCUGCUUAGAGACCGCUCGGCUAUCCAUUCUGCUCGGCCUCAUAUGGUUUUCAGUAGCGAUAUGAUCGGCUGGAAAAACACCCUCGCAUUUAGCGGUUACACCGACACCUUUAAAUUGCACCGUAAAAAUAUCGCCAAAGUCGCCGGCAGCAAUGUAGCGGUCUCCGUCUUCAACCGCGUGCAGGAGGAAGAAGCAGUGCACUUCCUACUCAACGUCCUCUCCUCGCCAGAGGACCUGUUCAGCCACAUCAAAAAGGAGGCCGGCGCCGUGAUCCUAAAAAUUACCUACGGGUAUACGGCCAACCCGCAUGGCAAAGACCCCCUGGUCGACAUGGCUGUUAAGACGAUGCAUGAAUUUGCAGACGCGACAGUUCCAGGGAAGUGGGCGGUGGAUAUUAUGCCCUUCCUGCGGUACGCACCAGACUGGCUCCCAGGCACCAGCUUCAAAGCCACAGCGCUCCAAAUGGCGGCCCAAUUGCGCCAAACAACCGAGCAACCCUACCAGUUCGUUAAGCAGCAAAUGCGCCAAAACAAGGCCAAAAUAUCAUUCCUCUCACAGGCCAUCGAGACCAUCAACUCAGACGCAGAUGUAGAUAUGGAGCGCAUCCACAAGUGGUCCGCAUCCUCUAUGUACCUCGGCGGCGCCGACACCACCGUCUCCUCUUUAAUGACCUUCUUCCUCGCCAUAACGCUCUUCCCUGACGUGCAGAAGAAGGCGCAAGAAGAGCUCGACCGCGUUAUCGGCGACCGACUGCCUGUCAGCGCCGACCGCCCAAACCUGCCCUAUAUCGAAGCCGUGGUUAGUGAGACACACCGCUGGCAUCCAGUUGCGCCUAUGGCGCUACCGCAUUCUAGUACGAAGGAAGACGUUAUUCAUGGAUAUAGAAUUCCAAAGGGUAGCCUGCUUCUUCCGAAUAACUGGUGGUUUACCCACGAUCCCGCCGUGUACCCCUCGCCCAUGGACUUCAUCCCGGACCGCUUCCUCGACACGCCUACGCACGAAGCGGAGCCAGACCCGCGAAACUGGAUCUUCGGUUACGGGCGGCGCGUGUGCCCUGGCCGCUACGUCGCCGAUAACGCGCUGUUUCUCACGAUUGCGCAGUCACUGGCGGUUUUCAAAAUCGAGAAACUGGUCGAGGAUGGAAAGGUGGUGGAGCCGGAGGUGAGGUUCGAGCCCGGCAUUGUCUCGCAUCCUGUGCCGUACCGCGUCUCGAUUAAGCCGAGGUCGGAGAAGCAUGCAAGGUUGAUUAGAGAGGCGGAGAAGGAAUAUCCGUGGCAGGAAAGCGAUGCGAAGGCACUGGAGACGGUGAAAUGGUAAAGCGCGAGCGUGUCCGCUGUUUCGUCUUGCGCUGGGGAAGGUUGCGCUUCGACUGUCUGGAACAGAUGACUGUCUGUGGUGCAGCUCGUUUGAAUGGCCUUCCCGCAUACGUAAGCGGUCGGUGCUCUCCCCUGUGGACUGUAAUAUAGACAUAACGGAGCAACGAGCGCUUGGACCGACACACCGACCCUAGACUUCCAAGGCUAGCUCAAGUGGACGGAAGUGUGAGCAAUAGUUUCCAGGCUCGUCUUCGCAGCUGUAGUUUCCGGCCGGCAAAGCCGCGUCCUCCGUGUCUUCGAACUGGCAAGCGUGCUUCGCCGCUCACCUGCAUAACCUGCACCCGUGGACGACGCAUCGGAGCCCUGUCGGAUUUCAAUAACGGCUCAUGCCACCGUGUAUGU